UGAACUGCACUUCAGUGCAGCAGCCUAAUGAAUUCUCUCAUGGCAUCUAUAUCGUCUCUUCCACCCUCAAAUUUCCCGGCGGCGACGACGGCCGCCGCUGCUCUUCGUCCAGCACUAUUAGUAUCCGCUGCCAUUACUCACCGCUGGCAACUACCUCCUACCUGCAAUUUCUACUCAAACCCCCCUAAAACCCUAUCUUCUCCAUCACAUAUAAGGACAGCCACCUCCGUCGUUUCCAUAACCGAAACCACACCAUUGAAUACUGAAGCUGAGGUCUCACUCCCGCUCAAGAAGGUUUUGAUUCCAAUUGGAUAUGGCACAGAAGAAAUGGAAGCUGUGAUAAUGGUAAACAUCCUUCGCCAAGCUGGGGCCCAUGUGGUUCUUGCUUCAGUAGAGCCUCAACUAGAAGUCAAACUUUCAGGAGGCACCAUACUUGUUGCAGACGUUUCCAUUUCUGAAUGUUCAGAUCAAAUCUUUGAUCUUGUUGCACUUCCUGGAGGAAUGCCUGGAUCUGUUCGAUUAAGAGAUUGUAAAACACUCGAAACAAUUACCAGAAAACAAGCUGAAGAAAAACGGUUAUAUGGGGCUAUUUGUGCUGCUCCAGCUGUCACACUUUUACCUUGGGGUCUUUUAAAAAGAAAGAAGACAACUUGUCAUCCAGCAUUUAUACACAAACUUCCAACAUUUCGAGCAGUUAAAACAAAUCUUCAAAUUUCAGAGGAAUUAACAACAAGUCGAGGCCCUGGAACUUGCUUUCAGUUCUCUGUUUCAUUAGUUGAACAGCUUUUCGGUGAGAAUGCUUCAAUGGAGAUUGGAAAAUUACUAUUAAUGGACACUGCUGAUGAGGUUUCUAGGAAGGAAGAGUUCAAUGAAGUUGACUGGGCUGUUGACAAUACUCCUCGUGUUUUGAUUCCAAUAGCAAAUGGAAGUGAAGAUAUUGAAGUGGUGACAGUUGUCGAUAUUUUACGAAGAGCUAAAUUAGAUGUUACGGUUGCUUCCCUUGAAAAAACUUUAACCGUUUGCGGGUCCCACGGUAUAAAAACCGUUGCAGACGAUUUAAUCAAAAACGUUGCGGAUUCGAUAUUUGAUUUGAUAAUUUUACCUGGAGGAAUUCACGGCGUAGAUCGGUUACAAAAAUCCAAGAUUUUGAAGAAGUUGCUUAAAGAACAAGUUUCUAAUGGAAGAAAAUACGGGGCGAUAUGUUCUUCGUCUAUAAUUCUACAAAAACAAGGCCUACUCCAAGACAAGAAAGCAACGGGGCAUCCGUCUAUUGUGAGUAAGCUUGAGGGUAAUGUGAUUGUUGAUUCUCAAGUUGUGAUUGAUGGUGGAUUAAUUACAUGUAGGGGUCUUUCUAGUACCCCGGAAUUCGCGUUAGCUGUUAUUGCUAAGUUUUUUGGGCAUGGAAGAGCAAAAAGUGUAGCAUCGGGUCUUGUAUAUGAAUAUCGAGCAACUUAAAUGCAAUAAUAAGAAGCUAUUUAUAUUUUAAA